AUGGCCUGUAGACAUGUAGACAGGUUAAUACAUGGUGCAAAGCAUCUAAUGGCUAAGCGAAAGGGAGCUGUCCAUUUGAAUGGGAUGCUAUAUCAUUGCUCAGAGGAGUCUCAUGGAGAGCCUAUGCCUCGAGAAUGGUAUCAAAAGGAAUUCCCCAAGUUUACAAAACUAACCCAAGUGUUAAAAAAUGUCGAUUUGGUUGAUGGAAGGCUUGUUAACAUCAGUGAUGGUUCGAUUAUCAUGGAUGACCGUAUUGAACACAGAAUGCUUACUUUCAAGUCACUUGCCAGGGAAUUUAUUGGGUCUCCAUUAGUUCAGCAAAGGUUAAAGAAUGAUGUCGUGGCGUUGUCAGGUGGUAGAAUCUGUAAUCAAUUUGUGUGUUUCAGUAAACCAAAUGAAAGAGAGCCCAUGGUUGUAAAAACACUCUCCGUAGUAAGUGGCUUUCUGAACAUUUCUGCUCAACAAAGACAGUCAGUGCGUGUUACAUUAUCUCCACAGAUUACACAGCACCGCAUAUGGACUGGGACGCUUGAGGAGGUACUCAAUGGAUUGAAAUCCGAGUUGGAAUAUUUAGAUCAUCGGUGCCCAAGCAAAGGGACGAAGAUGGGACAGCAGAUAGUUGCUAGCUGUCUGAAGUUCUUGGCUGACACAUCCACAUCCAUUUCAUAUGAACAUGAUUCCUCUUCAUGGACGCGCCUAUCGCCUGCAAAAGUUACAGACUCUUCUG